AUGGCAUCAUACUGCGGUGGGCUUUCAUCGACAAGGCGAUCAGCGGUUUCGGGGCCCUGGCGCUCGAUCGCUUGGGCCACCAUCGUUCUGCUUGGUGGAUUCUCCACCCUGAUAAAGCAGAAGGAUUUUUUGUUCGUCACAAUCAUCUCCUUCCUCGAAGCCACGAGGCUCUUCAGCAGUGCAGUGGAUCCAGAGGAUCAGUUCAUCAUCAACGCACCGGAAGUUGUGGCAGCAAAGACGGAGGAAAUUGAGGCCAAGGAGCAAGGAAGCUGGCAAAGGCAUCAUCCAACCAACAACCAAACUGCUGCUGCUUCCGCACCACCAAGACGAGGAGGCCUGCUGGGAUGGUCAUGGCCGUCGUCCCUAACCUCCGGGCGGCGACGGCGGCGCUUCUGCACCUGCCGCCUCUUCUUCGCCAAGGCCCUCUCGACGGGGUUCACGUCCGCGCAGUUCGCCGCGGCCAUCACCUCCGUCGUCCUGGCCGUGCUUCGCCUGAGCCGGCAGGACUACGUGGAGCCGGCGGACCAGAGCAGCAGCGACCACAAGAGCAUCAAGGGGUCCCUGAACCUCUUCUACGGCCUGGUGCUGGCGCAGGGCGUCUCCAACUUCCUCGCCGACACCAUGCUCCCCGUCGACGUCCGGCGGGUGCUGAAGCUCAGCAUGACGUACCAGCUUGGCCACUCAGGGGUGCUCGUCAUCAAGCGCUACAUGCUCGACACCUACAUGAAAUGUUCCGGCGGAAGAGUGCGUGAAGCAAUGGACAUGGACCUCGUCAGCUUCGCCAUGGAGAUGGCGAGGUCCACCUCGGUGGCCGACCGGCUCGUCGGCGUCAGGGUUCUUGAUCGCGUCCUCAGCGUGGACAAGUACAGAGGGCUGGCGCUGAUGAGGCUCCGAGCCUCCAUUGACACUGUCGGAAGCGUGAUCGCUAUGCUUGGACUGAAGAACAAGACCACGGAGGAAGAAGACACUCGAGGGCACGCCGCCAACGUCGUGUUGGAACUCUCUCCAGAUCUUCAAGUGGAGAGCUUCCCAGAAGUGUUGCAGAUGGUGUCUUCACUGCUUACUGCCACCAAGACGACAGCAGUGUCGUCGUCGACGUCGAGCAAUGUCGGCGUCGAGCUUACAUGGCUCGGUGUGAAAAUCCUCAAGAAGAUCAUGGACAAUCCGGACAACUGUAAGGAAGUAGUCAAGGAUGCUGAUGAUCAGGUGAUAUCAAGCAUUGUGGAACUUACAACUGUUAGCGAUGACACCAACAGCUCGUCAAUCUCAUGGUCUCCAGUGACAGAAGAGAUCAUCGUGGAGGCAGUUCAAGUCUUGCACAGGAUGGUCAGAACUACCGGCGAUGCCGGUAAGGCGCUUAGGUGCAAAAUCUCUGAGAACCUCCAUGUUGUCAGGAACAUCAGGAAGAUCCUGGAACAUCCAAGGAGCCAUACAGAGCUACUCACUGAGGCAAUUGGUGUUCUUGCCUGUUUAGCUUUGGAUGAGACAGGAAAGGAAGACAUUGGGGGUUCAGCUCGGAUCAUUAGGAGGCUUGUUCCAUUCCUUGUUGUUGAAACUCCAUCCCCAUCCAACAGAGUCGAGCUAGCAAAAUCUGCUGUUGAAGCAUUGCUUAUUCUUGCCGUGGACAGCCAAAGGAUUGCCUUGAGGAUCCUUGAGGAAAUGAGGACUGAAGACAUGCAGCAACUUGUUGAUAUGCUUUCUUCUGACUCAACAGAGCUCAGAAUUAUGGCUGCAAGACUCUUGGCGGUUUUACGUGCCAAUUCUCUAGCAGAACAUGCUCAUUAUAACAGGACAGUCGACAAUGUGCUACCUCUGGUAAAUUCAUAUAUUGCACCAUUGUUUAUGUAUUUUUGGCUGCUGAAAGCAAUCAAGUUAGAGGUGGAGAAACUAGAUGCCCUGGUACCUGCUGCUGGAGAACUUCGUGCCCAUGAUGAUGAACUAAUCCAAAUUAUAUGUAUUAUUUGUACACAGAAUUUGGAGGAAUGGAGGACCAAGCAGGGUGCACUACUGGAGAGCUUUAUUGGCCUCAGUGUUCAGAUCUGCACAUUCAUUCAGGAAAAUGACUUCGGCGACGCGCUCCGGAAUGCCAACCUUACAGUGGAUUUGCUCAUGCAUAAGCUUACCAGGAUCCUUGAUCUGUACAAGUCACCAGACACUGAGUACCCAGGUAUAAGGAGGGUUACAGUUGAGCUAAUCAUUUGGAUGGUGCGGAGCAACAGAAGCUGCAUUGAGUUUUUCUUUGAGCACCAAGUGGACAAGGUGAAAGAAGUCGCAGAAACAGAAGCAAGACUUGAAAUGUUUAAGAUGUUCUGCUGCGGAGUUGGCGUCGCUAAGCACAGAGAGACCAUUUCUUCUCUCUGUGUUCUAUACUGAACUGUUCCUGUCAUUCUGUGUUCUAACUUUCUGUGUGUUGUAACUUUGUAAUAAGUUUGGCCUGAUUCCUCUAGUGAGGGCAUGAAGCCGGGUGUUUAAUUCCAUUAUGUAAAAAGUUAUAUGUAUACAUUUGGGUUGUCUGAAUUCAAUAACUAGUUGCCAACCAUGCAUUUUCACCACUAGCUAGAAAUAUGUGAGUCAUUUUUGUUUCCCACAUUUUAUCCAACUUUUUAGUAUUCCUGUUAACUCGAUCAUCAGGGGUAACAUUUGGUACAGUAUGAUUCAUAUCAAGCCUUUGAAAAUGUUAUGUGUAUUCAGUAUGUCUUUGUUUUGUUAGCUUUUGUAUUCAUCACAUACUAAUUUCACAUUUUAUUUUGAAGGCUCCAAAACUUUUGGAUCUGUGGAUAUGCAACUCAAGCAUUUUGAGGGACUUGGAACCAGAGUGUUCUGAGAAUUUCUAUGUAGAAAUCGCAGCCUUAGCACAUUUGUGAUAGUCCUAUGUUUGGAAAGCUUGCACUCUUACACAUUUGAUUAGAGGGGGUUCGAUGGAAGCCAAUUAAAAUUCUUCUCCUAGUCACAACAUUGGCAUAUAUCCCAAACAACACUUAUAAUAAGCAAAGGAAAGAGCUACUGUGCAACAGGUAUGAUGAACAGCAUGUGUACUAAAAUGCAACAAUAGGUAAUUUGAUCAAGCAAGAAUAGAGAUUAACUACUACUCAAUGGCGAGCUGAAAAUUGAAGAUUUGCCUAA